UAUGUGACGAGUCAACUGAUCAAAGGCGAGUCGGUGGCGGCCGAGGCCUUCGAUACGGUCACCAUUUUCUUCAGUGAUAUCGUCGGCUUCACGGGUCUGUCCGCUCAGAGCACAGCCAUGGAAGUGAUCGACUUCCUCAACGACCUCUACAUCUGCUUCGACUCUAUUGUCGGCAAUUAUGACGUCUAUAAGGUGGAGACCAUCGGUGACUCCUAUAUGGUGGCAUCGGGUCUGCCGAUGAGGAACGGCGACCUCCACGCCCGAGAGAUCGCACGGAUGUCCCUAUCAUUACGGGAAGCCGUCACCUCAUUCACGAUCCGACACAAACCGGACCAACAGCUCAAAGUUCGCAUAGGAAUCCAUUCCGGGCCAGUAGUGGCCGGCAUAGUAGGCCUCAAAAUGCCCCGGUAUUGCCUGUUUGGCGAUACAGUGAACUGCGCGUCUCGGCUCGAGUCGACGGCUUUGAAGAUUCACGUGAGUUCAGCCACAAAACAAAUAUUAGAUAAGUUUGGGAAUGACUUCAAAUUGGAGUUAAGAGGCGAAGUGGACAUUCGGGGAAGAGGAUCACUGACUACAUACUGGUUGCUGGAGGAGACGGACACAAAGGGAACGGCACUCAAUCCGAUACAGACACCACUCGUUAGAAAUAAUCCCCUCAUUUCAAUACAGGACACAUAAGUUUGCACUCAAUUAAUAGGACAGUCACUAAUUUGUAACCAUCGGACACAUGCCUUCAAAAUAAGUAUUUUAAUUUUUAAAGAAUUGUACAAACAAUGGAAAUUCUAUGAAAACUGAGCAAGCUAACACUUAUACAAUAUAAGUGAUUCAAUAAUUACUAUCCCUUCAUAACACAUCAACUAUUUACUAUAAAAUGAAUGAAAAUUUUAUAUAUUUUUAAUUUAUACUAUUUAUAUCACACAUCAUCUUAAUCAAAAAUUAUUGACUGUCCUAUUAAUUGAGUGCAAUUAGGGUGACAUCAAGUGUGAUUGCUAAAAUAUUUUGAGUGCAC